AUCUAUCGCCGUCCACGCUCAUCCCUCACUGUCCGUCCACCAAACAAACCAACCAGCUGGCCACACAUACAUAUCACUCACAGGAAGCCUCGGCACGUGGCCGCUCCACAGGUACACCUGCAAAGGAAUAUGGAGAAGAAAAACCAUGCACACACGACACGAGCACAGCAGGCCGCUCGCCCACUCACAGUGAAAAGAGUAGCGAGUGCAUGGCGUGUUGUGGUGUGAGGCAUGCAUUGCUCACCUUUCUCGCGUGCUGUGGUUGAGCUCGGUGUCGGUCCUGCACACACAAAACAAACACGACACACAUACAUACAUACAUACAUUACCUGGCAGCUCGACGCUCCAUCCAUCCAUGGAUACAUCCAUCCAUUCUUCGACGGCCGCCUACCCUACCCGUAGUCAUAUGACAGUUCUGUGCCGGCCGCUAUCUCCUCAAUCGCAUAGAUGUAGAUGCGGGGUCGACCGCCGGGCACCUGCACCUCCUGAAUGAAACCAAGCAGCACAAACCAGACAGACAGACAGACAGACGUGUGUGUGUGUCCAUUCAUUUGCUUGGUGCUGUCUGUCAAUCAUCAAUCAGCCCACCCGCGGCUCGCAGUUGGGUGCGCAGCUGUGGUUGAUCAGGCGAGCCUCGUUGUAGUCCUUGCGAGUCGCGUCAAUGAUCCUGCCGUUGGACAGCCUGAACAGGUAGGUGCUUCCCAGGCCUUGGCUGCGAUACAAAGCCUCCCUGCAGGCACACAAGACACAGACAAAUGCAGACAGACAGACAGACAGAGACGAUAUGAGAAGGAAGACACACACUCUCUCUCUCUCCUUGAUAGGUGCGUACCUUUCGUCAGCUUGCUCGGCGUGAAUGUACUCUCCUGCGUAUUCGAUUAUCUCUUCGCCCGCUCGGAUGGUCCUGUUUGCGAACAACCCAACGCCCUCUCUGCGAACGACACACACACACACGCCGCACCAUGGAUCAAUGAACGAAUGCUUGCACUGCGAGGCGAGCGCCAUACCUGUGGAUGGUCGAUUUCUCCUCUCUAAAAGGCUUGAGGCGUCCGCUCCUUCUGCGUUUGUCCCGAGCUUCGCUUUCCGCGCCCGAAGGCAGAUGGACAGCGGCGCGGGAAGGUGGCGGAUUCACAGACAUGUCUGCAGAGGGCAUGAGCACCACACAGACACGUUGAUAAUGGAUGGAUGGAUGGAUGCGUCGGUGUGAUGAAGCCUUUAUCUACCUGCAUCAGGGGCGAUUGCUGGUUGGUCAGUUCUCGGCCGUUUGGGCGGCUUCGCCUCGGGGGCCGUGUGGUCAUGGUCAGAUGAAGAGGGGAGGGGAGGGGCAGGGGGAGGCUGGAUGGGCUUGAAGGGGGACGUCCAUGACGGCCUGAUGGCCUUCCACCUCUGCUCGCAGCUGUCCCGGCUUCUCCGGGGCAGUCGCUUGGUCACGUCACCCCAACAAAACGGAUAGGUCUUCAUGGCGAAUAAAAGUACAUAGUCCUGCAUGGAAAGCACAUACGACCGGGUGAGGUGAGCGACUGUGUGUCACCCAUUCCCUCGUACACAAUAACAUAACAUACCUCUUCUCGCGUCCAUGGUCGUGCAUCCCCACCGUCGUCCGCAUCUUGGACCGUCUUGGGCAUGCCCACCUCACGGACAAAGCCAAAGCCGCCUGUCGCCAGUGGAGGGCGUGGUUCGUCAGCGGCGCUGCUGCGCGAACUGAAUGAUGAUGAAUGACAGAGGACACCCACUCAUCAGAUUUGUGAGCUCCGCCUCGCCGCUCCCAGCCUCACCUCCAAGGGAAGUGCAUGCCGUCGGUGCUGCGUUCGAUCUCCGACGACCUGCUCUUGAGAGAGAGGGACUCUGCUCCCUGGGCUUCAUCCUUCUUUGCAGCGCAGAGAGCAGAAACGUCAAUCUCCACCGAAGGCAGCGGUGGCGGCACUCUCGGCGGCACUCUCGGCGGUACCAGACUCACGAUGAAGUUCUUGCAAGGCCGUACAACCUGCUUGGGCCGCAUUGCCCGCACAGUGCCGAGUGGACGCGGGAAGUUGACGCAUUGGGGCGCUUUUUGGGGCGGAUGGAACUGGUGAUGCGUCGGGCUGUCAUCGUCAAUAACGAUAGCUUGGUCCAUCUUCAAUUCUUCAAUUGAUCUUCAACUCUCC